AGUCCCACUCAAUUUCAUAGGCUUCUUGGCUUUCUCUGUUUUAGUUUGCUUUUCUCCAUUAAUGGAGGUUAUUAAGUCUUCUUUAAUGAUAUUAGCUUUGCUCUUCCUGCACGGUGCCAUGGCGGAUUCAAAUUACAAUGGCGGGCUUCUUUAUUUCGAUUACUACAAAGAAUCAUGCCCACUUGCAGAGGAGAUUGUGAGGCGUAACGUCGAGGUUGCUGUACUUAAGGAACCUCGGAUGGCGGCUUCCCUGCUUCGCUUGCAUUUCCAUGAUUGCUUUGUCAUGGGUUGUGAUGCAUCAGUUCUCUUGGACAGCUAUGGAGACAUACAAAGUGAGAAGCAAGCAGGGCCCAACCUCAAUUCAGCAAGAGGAUUUGAGGUCAUUGAUGAGAUUAAGGCCAUCUUGGAACAUGCAUGUCCUUGUACUGUUUCUUGUGCUGAUAUUCUUGCUCUCAUUGCUCGCGAUGCCGUUGAAUUGAGAGGUGGCCCAAGGUGGGAAGUAGGGCUAGGGAGGAAGGAUUCUCUGAAAGCAAGCUUUAAUGGUGCCAACCAGUUCAUACCAGCACCUAAUUCUUCCUUAGACACUCUCAUCGCAAGUUUUCAAGCACAAGGUCUUGACAUCUGGGACUUGGUUGCUCUUUCAGGUAGUCAUACAAUUGGAAAAUCGCGAUGUACAAGUUUCCGGCAGAGGAUCUAUAACAAUAUGGAGGAAGAGUAUGAUUAUUACAAGAGAUAUAAGAUCUUCAAUGGAAUGUUAAGAUCCUUUUGUCCUAGAUCAAGGAGAGACGAUGCAGUAGUACCACUUGAUUUCAUUACUUCGGCGAGAUUCGACAACAAAUACUAUAUCAAUCUUCUUCAAGGAAAAGGGUUGUUAGGAAGUGACAAUGUACUAAUAACUCAAGACCAUGAAGGCCACAUAGUGAAGCAAGUGUGGUCGUUUGCCUCUGAUCAACGACUAUUCUUCAAGUCAUUUGUGAAGUCAAUGAUUAAGAUGGGAAGCAUCAAUGUGCUCACCGGAGAGCAGGGAGAGAUCCGGCGGAAUUGCCGGUUUGUGAACUCUGCAACUCCCUCCAAAUAGGAGACACCUUAGGAGAUUGUGUUAAUACCUAGUAAGCUAUAAGGAUAUAAACCUAAUCUUGAUGUAUUUCCAUUUAUCAUCUUCGUAGAAAAGCAAUAUAAUCCCAUAAUACUCCUUGCUAUAAUUUUAGGAUUUGAACAAGUGAAUUGAAUCUGUGAAUUGAAAUAUUGAAUCGGUUCUAAGGUGGCGUUUGUCAUCA